AGCAGGGAAGACACAGGUGGAUGGUGGGCAGGAUCAUGUAUAACCCAACGCGGUUUUGAAGGAAUACCUGUAGUGACAGGUGUCAUAUUUGAAAGGGAGAGAACCAUGUCCAUCACUGUCAAUCUAAAGAAGAUUAUUAACUUGCCAGGGAAAUAUGACCGCAAAAUUGAGCUCUCUUUCAGGGGUUUUACCCAUAAAACUAAGAUCCUUCAGUGUGAGAACAUCGCCAUUUUCAAUGAGCACUUCCGAUGGCCUCAUUAUGGGAAGAUCAUCAGAGACGAGGUGCUGUCCAUCAGCGUCUACAACUGCAGCAAGAUGUUCAGCAACCGGUUGCUGGGGAAACUGGUGAUCAGUCUGCAACAUGUGGUGACAGCGGGGAGACUGGUGCUGAGGGAGCCCCUCACAGACACUCACUACAGCCUGACUGAUGUGUACGUGGAGCUGGACGUCAGGUAUCACCCUGUGCAGGGGGCAGCGGGAGGCUGGGAGAGUGCGGACUUCCUGACUGUGGAGGACGAAGAUGAUUCUGCGUUGGUCAUCAGAAACACAGGCUUCGAUGAUCCCAGCUCAAAGCAGCCAGCACGAACACAGAAGCUGGAUCGAGAGGCCCGGGUGCUUGGUCGCAGUUUGAUCAGAACUGGUGAGGAAGAUGAGGAUGAGGAUAAUGAUGAUGAUUAUGAUGAUGAUUAUGACAUGGCCGACAUGGAGUCUGCCAACAUUACCUUCACCCCCCUCCUCAGUCGCUGCCGGCCUUUGUCAAAACAUGAGCUUGCGGCCGCACCCAAAGUGCAGACGUUUCAGGUAAACGUGAAUGUGAUGGAGGCUCAGAAGCUGGUCGGGGUGAACAUCAAUCCUGCCGUCUACGUGACGAUAGGGGAUGAGAAGAAACACACGGCCACACAGAAAUCCACCAACUGCCCCUUUUACAAUGAGGCAAGUCAGGUCUCUUAA